UUUUUUCUUUUUUUCUGGGCGAGAAAUGCGUUAUUCCAACUGGGAAACAGAUGGGUCCCACCAAUCAAAUUCUAUAUUUUCUUGCGCCGCUCUCUCUUUCUUUCUCGCUCUUUGUGCUUGGAGUGAAACCAACUUUCCGGCGGAGGUUUGAGGUUUGAGGUUUGAGGUGUGAGAAUCUAUGGCAAAUCCGGCGAAGAAGCACGUCUUUCUCUUCUACUGCGCGGAAUGCGAAGAACUUGCCCACAAAGUUGCUGCUCAAUCCGAUUCCAUCACUCUUCAAACCAUCAAAUGGAGGACGUUUGAUGAUGGUUUUCCAAAUAUUUAUAUCAACAAUGCUCAAGAUCUACGCGGGAAUCAUGUAGCAUUCCUUGCAUCUUUCAGCCACCCAGGAGCCAUCUUUGAACAGAUAUCAGUCAUAUACAAUCUCCCCAGGCUUUUUUCUGCUUCAUUCACCUUGGUAUUGCCCUUCUUUCCUACUGGCUCCUUUGAGCGAAUGGAAGAAGAAGGGGAUGUAGCAACAGCAUUUACCAUGGCCAGGAUCUUAUCAAAUAUCCCUAUUUCAAGAGGUGGCCCGACAAGCGUAGUUAUCUAUGAUAUUCAUGCCUUGCAGGAAAGGUUUUACUUUGGGGAUAAUGUUUUGCCUUUGUUUGAAACUGGAAUUCCACUCCUGAAGCAACGUCUGCGCCAACUUCCUGAUGCUGACAAUGUAGUUAUAGCAUUUCCAGAUGAUGGAGCUUGGAAACGAUUCCACAAGCAACUCGAUGGCUAUCCUGUGGUCAUCUGUACAAAAGUUCGGGAAGAAGACAAAAGGAUAGUGCGGAUCAAGGAAGGAGUCCCUGCUGGUUGUCACGUUGUUAUCGUUGAUGAUUUGGUACAAUCUGGAGGAACCUUGAUUGAGUGCCAGAAAGUUUUAGCAGCUCACGGUGCGGCCAAGGUUAGCGCAUAUGUUACUCAUGGUGUUUUCCCAAAGCAAUCAUGGAAUCGAUUCCUUCACAAGAAUGGUCUGGAGAUAGCGUUUUCUCACUUCUGGAUCACAGAUUCCUGCCCUCACACAGUCAAAGCCAUAGCAGAUAAAGCUCCUUUUGAAGUUCUGAGUCUAGCAGCUUCCAUUGCUGAUGCUUUGGUGAUUUGAAUACAUUACUUAUUGAUGUGACUUCAAUAUGAAGUGUAUCGACAAUAAUACUUGGGGGAAAAGAAAAGUGUUCCCUAUUGAGGCAUAGACUCUCGCAUAGACUCUCGCUUAAGAGAUUUGAGGUUCAAAUUCUCACCCAACAUGUUAUAUUGAAAACUAUGAAUUAAAAAUAAAAAUAAGGAGGCUGGUGGAAAUUUUCUUUCCUAUGACCUUUUUAA